AUGGCUUAUUUUGUUGAGUUUUGGACAUUAUUAAAUAUGUUGGAUUUUGAGUAGGAUUUUUAUAAAUUUGUCAAAGGCCAAUUAGACAAAAAAAGAGGAAUCAAACAAUUAGUUGAAAAUGAGGAGCUUAAUAAUGAGGAUACAGUUUAAAGAAACAGGUUAUUGAGUGAGAACAUACAAAAAGUCUUAUAAAAUGAAAGAAAAAAGAUGAAAAUUAGUAAAAUCACAAAAGAACAGCAUUUUGAAAAUAAGAUGAAAGAUUUUACAUAAAUGGACACUUUUAUUGAUGUUAAAUUCUUUCUGAAGAAUCUAAAUGAUUAGUAGAUGAAAAAGAAUCAGAAAAAAAUACCAAAAUCCAUUAAAAGAUCAAAAUCACAUACUGAUAACGAGGAUCUUUUUGAUUAUGCAGAAAUUGUGUAAAAAAGUAAGAAAUUCAUAGAAAACUCACGGCAUUACAGAUCUAAACCUAAAAUCGAACUUUAUUUCUAAUCCGAUAAUGAAAAUAGUUAAAGAUCCAAAGUCAUUGAAGAUGGAAGGACAACAAGUGAAAAAUUCUAUACAGGAAUUGACUAGUUAAUAAUUGAUAUUAAUCACAAAACUGUUUUAUCUGAAAUGGAUAGGAAAUAUGAGAGAGAGAGAAAGAAACAUAGAGAUACGAUGAGUUCUGAAUAGAUCUUCAAGUCAUUUAUUCCAUUAGAUUUUGGGAAAGAUGAAAUUGCAAUUGAAGCCGGAAAAAAUUUCAAAGAGUAAUCACAAAAAGUUUUAUAACUGUUAGAAAGAACAACUAGAAUGCUUUACAAAAAUAAAUUGCCAUAGCCCCCUAAUUAAAAGUUAUUAAAGCAAUAAUAAGAAUAGCUUAAAGAACUUAAAUAGUAUUAACCAUAUACCUUUGAUGCUCGGAGUUAAAAAUAAAUUCUAGUAAAAAGUCGAAGUGAAAGUAAUGAUAUGAGGUGCCCUCAAGUAAAUGGUAAAUUAAUAAAUCCUCUUGUAAGGAGGAUAGUCCCAUUACAAUAAGCAAGCCAUGCCUCUCUUCCUGAGAUUUAACCAUGUUCGUUUUUAUCUUCAAGAGAGGACAAGAAAUACGAAAAUCUUCAUUAUUUUAAAAGUCCAUAAAAUUAAUCUAAACGGGAUGAUAAUCAUAAUAAUUCUAGUCAUCGAUCUGUUAGUCCGGAUAUAAAAAGUUAAAUUGGAGAAUUUAUAUCAUAGCUUGAUGAUGCAAAAUUGAAAUUUAAAAAAUUGUAUCCUUCUGAUUCUCAGAUAUAAAAAAUUUAGCAUAAUAUGAGCAAGAGAAUGAUGCAGAUUGGUAAAAUCCCUAUGGAUAGUUUUAAUUAUUUAACAAAGAAGAAAGUGUAUAUACCUAAAAAGUAUGAACUAAGAGGAAAGAAAAACAAAGUUCUUCAAAUGAUAUGA